AUUUUUAUUUUCAAGAAAAAGUACUUGAAAAAUGUGUCUCUUAUAUCAAAUCAUAAACGCAAAAUUCCUAAGUCAAAAAUUAUAUAUCUUGAGAUACUCGCAGCCAGUAGCCCCGCGAGCUGUACCCGAACGAUAUCGGGAGAUGAGAACCAAAGAGUGGCGCUUUUUGUGGACGCAAAAAACGGGAGCAAGAGGAAAGCUAUGUAUGUGGGUGAAGACUCGGAAAGUCAUUCAGAAAGUCAAACGCCUGAUACAGGAUUUUGAGCCUCUAACAUCGACCUGUAGAGACGAGCACAACGAUCGUAAUGAAAAUUUAAUGAAGCCCGCACCGCUAUACAGCGACUUAAGUACAACAAAGAUCGUCUUACUGCGAAACAAUUCAACGGCGGCGGAGAUUUGUUCAUAGGGAGCAU